CACAAACUCAACCAGGAUCAAAAUCAUCAUCAAUAAAACUUUUUACACCAGAUUUAGAGACACACAAAGUGUCUGCGCAUAAAACGUGCUGGCAACAAAUCCACCUCUUAUUUUAUUCCCUGAAGGAAAGCAGGACAAGCAGAUCAGCUGUCCACAGAACACAGGAGGAGAGCAUCGACGCAUAACCAAGGCAAAGAAGAAUCAAAACAUUGUGUACUCCAGUCUCCUUUAUGAUGUGGAUCCUGGCUGUAACCUGGAUUUCCAUCCUUCUUGUGAACACUCAGGCUCAGGGCACUGCCAGCUUCUCGAGAGGGAACGACCGCAACAGGCGCUGUCAGUACACCUUCACGGUGGACAGCCCUACAGAAGCAAGCUGCCCCUCGACAGGAUCCAGCGCUGAGAUGGAAGCCCUGAAGUCUCGCCUGGGGCUGCUGGAGGCGCUGGUAUCCCGUCUGACUGGAGGCGAAGCUCCAGGUACUGAAGCCCAAAUGGGACUUCGGACAGCCUACACCCAGGUCACUGGAGAGAGGGACAGGUUGCAGGAGGAGAAAGCCAUCCUGGCUCAGCAGGUGGAGCAGCUUCAACGGAUGGUGGAGGAGCUCCAGCGCGAGGUGGAGAGGCUCAGGAGCAGACCGUGCACACAGCAGCCUUCUCAGAAUCUGCCAAUCUUUAGUAGCAGCGUCCAACCAGGAACAGGCACAUCCCAUUCUCAUCUGGGUUCCAGGCCAGGCAGGACCCAAGGAGACACGAGCAGCCUGAGAGAUCCAUCUUGGCCCUAUGGUAGUCCAGCCUACCAGGAGCUGAAGGCUGAAGUUGCAGAAUUUCCUGCCCCAAAUCCAAACACUGAAGACAGUACAGGCUGUGGUGAGCUGCUGUGGGUGGGAGAGCCCGUGACCCACCGUAAGGCAGACAGCAUUGCUGGUAGGUAUGGUGUAUGGAUGCAGGACCCAGAAGCUGUCAGCCCUUAUGGCUCCAACAUGGUGUGGCGAAUCGACACGGUUGGCACAGAGGUGCGCCAACUCUACGGCUACGAGGACAUGGAUCAGUUCACACGUGGCUUUCCAGCCAAAGUCCUGCUCCUGCCCGAUGCGGUAGAGAGCACAGGUGCUGCUAUGUACCGCGGCUCUCUCUACUACCAGCGGCGCCGCAGCCGUACACUCAUCCGCUACGAGUUAGGGUCCGAGAGUGUCGCAGCCCGUCGAGACCUCCCUCAUGCUGGAUUCCAUGGCCAGUUCCCCUACUCAUGGGGUGGCUACACAGAUAUUGACUUCGCUGUGGAUGAGAAUGGUCUCUGGGCCAUCUACAGCACAAAUAAAGCUAAAGGCGCCAUCGUGAUCUCUCAGCUGGAUCCUCACACACUGGAAGUGAAGAAAAGCUGGGAGACCAACAUUCGGAAAACCACCGUAGCCAAUGCCUUCAUGAUCUGCGGCAAGCUGUACACAGUCGCCAGCUAUGCCUCUCCCAACACCACGGUUAACUACAGCUUUGACACAGGUACCAGCCAAAGCGAAGCUGUCGCAGUCCCGUUCCAAAACCGGCACCGUUACAACAGCAUGAUCGACUACAAUCCAACUCAGAGGAAGCUCUUUGCCUGGGAUAAUUACCACAUGGUGUCCUAUGAUGUCCGGCUGGGAAAGCAACAGUGAAGGAGGUUAUGUCGUUUUAUGUUUAGAGGGUAUCUACAAAAGGUGUUUAAAAAGGGCAGCAGAUUGUAGACUGCAAAUUAAACUAUGGUUAUCCUGGCUUUGCGGCUAUACAUAUACUUAGAAAAAUGAAAUGAUCACAGAUAUGAGCAAAAGCUGUAGCAGUCAUCGAACAUCUUGUACACAAGCUGAUUCUGAUUAGUUUGAGUAUGCUAUAUAUUACAGAAACCAUCACAGGCACAUAUAUAUACACAUAGAUGCAGGGCAAUUCUUUACAUGCGAUCAAGCUCACAAAACUGAAUUCAUUCAUCAAACCUAGUGCUAAAAAACACUAGCAGAAAUAGACAUAACGUGGCUCUAGAUCCGGCUUCUUAACCCUAUUUCUGGUUGUCACUCGUUAUUUAAUGUACAUAUCAUUGAGGAAAUGUAUUCCAUGGGUCAAAAAGAACCUACUUUGUUCAUCUUAAAAAGAAAUCCACUUUUAAACCACCAUAUUUUAAAUAUGAUAGUUUUGGGUUCUAGCUUGCAGUGGCAAGACCCACUCGCUGUGUUAAUAGAGAACUUAUUUUUCUACAUUUUUGUAAGUCAUCUUUUUGUUUGUAUUCAGCAAUGUAAGGAAAUCUGAGGGAGAGGAAAAGCACAUCCAACAAGUAAUGCUUGUAGAUAAAACUCAGUGUAAUUCUAACCUAAAAAACAUUGCAACUCCCUCACCUUGCUUUAGCUAGUCAAAAUCAGUAUAUAUUUUUUUUAUCACUCAAUACAGCAUGGUACUGAUUAUAUGGAAAUUCAUGAAACUAACUUAUGUACAAACAAACUUCUAAAUAAAGGUUAUUACAUAA